GUAUUAUAGGGGGGAGAGAAGACAGUAUGGAGAAGAGCCAGUAUGGACCCCCGCAGGACGUGUCGGCUACCCCCUACACCGGCUUCCCAGCGGGCUACCAGGGAAGUGGGGGGGGAACAGCCUACCCCCCUCAGCCUGGCUUCCAGGGAGUAACCCAGGUGGUGAUACAGCAGCCGCUGCUAAGAGACGUACCCGGCCAGAUGAUGUGUCCCCACUGUCAGGUCCCGGUUCUGACAGAGACCACACACACCACUGGACUGCUCACCUGGCUCAUCUUUGGAGUCCUCUGCUGCUUCCUGUGCUGGCCAUGCUCUUGGAUUCCAUUCUGUGUUGACUCCUGUAAGGAUGUAGAACACCGCUGCCCCAACUGCAAGAGAGUGAUCCACAUCCACAAACGCGAAUAGACCAAGAUGAGACGCAUGCCACAAAGUGAUCCACAUACACAAACACAUGUGACUAGACCAAGAUGAGAAACCUGCCACAAAUUGAUCCACAACUAGCCCCGGCCCACAGACACUGCUGCCACAAAGUGAUCUAUACUUUUAUGAAUCCAUUCCAAUACACCACAAGUCUACACCACUACACAACUGGUCUACAACUCUACACCACUAGGUCAAGAACACUUUUAGUACCAGAGUAAUGGUGACUCAUAUUUCCAACCAUAACACACACGCUUGUGAACAAUAGUCUGACUGUGGCUGAAAUGACUACUGGAAGACCAGCUUAACAUUGACUAGUGUCCGUGUGUAAAAAGCUAAGGCCACUUCUAGCAGACUCUUUACACUGAUUGUAAUAUGUUUUCUUUCAUUCUGUGAAUCUUCAUGUUAGACAGAAAGUAGGAUUCUAUUUGUAUUGACGUUGGUAUUGAUUGGUUGUUGGGUUUUUUAAAGGGACAGUCCACAGUUGAAACAAUAAAAAAGCUGAACCCUG